AUGCAGAACGGGUUACUCUAUCGGAGAGGCCGGCUCUGUAUCCCCGGUUCUAUGAGUGAGGACGUAAUCAAGUUAUGUCAUGAGGACGAUAUGGCUGGACACCCGGGAGCGCGAAGGACUGAGCGUCGCGUCCGCGAACGGUUUGAUCUUGGACGGGGCUUCCAUCGUCGCGUUCGCCAGUAUGUCAGAGACUGCGAGAUUUGUCAGAGGCGUAAGCCGCCACAACAGAAAGUCGGCGAUAUGCAACCUGUGGUGCCGCCCGGAAGACCUUUCGAGAAGGUCGGGCUGGACUUCGCUGGUCCGUUCAACGUUCCUGGGCGUCCGCCGGUCUACAUUUUGGUAGCCGUCGACGAUUGUACGCGCUUCGUGCAUCUCUUCGCUGCGGGGCGGAUCUCGGCUCCGUUCGUGGUGCGGUCUCUCGAGACUAUGAGUGCGUCUCUGGGGCGUAUCGGGACGAUUGUCACCGACAAUGCGUCGUGCUUCCGAGGUACGUUGUUGGCUGAUUAUCUGCGGAGGGUUGGGACUUCGCACAUCCGUACAGCCGUGGGUCAUCCUCAAUUCAAUGGUCUCGCGGAGAGGACCAUACGGACGUUGACGGAUCGUCUUGGUGCUCUCGUGCUGGAGGGGUUCACGGCUGUUCGAGAGAUAAUUCCGAAGAUAGCCUUCUCUUUGAACACCACU